AUGACGUUCACCUUCCUCGCCUUGCUCUCUGCCCUCUUCGGCUGGAUCUACACCCUCUCCUGGUCUCUGUCCUUCUAUCCGCAGCCGCUCUUGAACUGGAAGCGCCGCUCGACGUCCGGCACGACUAUCGACUUUCACAUCGUGAACGUCUUAGGCUUUCUCGCCUACCUUGUGUCUAACUGCGCAUUUUACUGGUCGCCGGUGAUCCGCGCUCAAUACGCGGCGCGCAACCACGGGCUGACGCCGACCGUUGCCUUGAACGACAUCGCCUUUGCCGGGCAUGCAUUCGUGCUGACCUCGAUCAUCUUCACCCAAUACAUCCCGGGUCUCUGGGGCUUCGCGCCGUCGCUCAGCAGCACCCGGCCGAGCAAGACCAUCGUGGGCAUAGCGCUGGGCUGCAUCGUGGGCGUGCUCGUCGUGGUCUUUGUGGUCUGGCCGUCCGAGGCGAGCGGCGACGCGGACCCGGUCACGGACUGGGUGUGGCUGGACGUGAUCUACGCGAUCAGCUUCGUGAAGCUGCUGAUCACCGUCGUCAAGUACACGCCGCAGAUCCUGACCAACUUCCGCAACCGCAGCACCAAGGGCUGGAGCAUCGUGACGAUCCUCCUGGACUUUGUAGGCGGCAUCCUGUCCAUUGCGCAGCUGUGCGUAGAUAGCUACAUCCAGCGCGACUGGAGCGGCAUCACGGGCAACCCGGUCAAGCUAGCGCUUGGGAACGUCAGUAUCAUCUAUGAUAUAAUAUUCAUGGUCCAACAUUAUAUUUUGUACCGUGGCGCAGAAGGCAAGGCUGAAGAGAGGGACGCUUUGCUAGAGAACGGGGACGGGGUUCGCCAUGGAAGGCUGGACUAA